ACACAGUCAUGUUGAGCAACGUGAGAAUCAGAGAUACCAGGAGACCGGUGUUGAAGAGAGGAGAGAGGUCGGGGGUCGGGACUGGGAGGUUGAGACCCAAGAAAGCCGGUGUCAGUCCAUUCUCACAACUGGCUCUGGCAAACGGCCGAGUUCUAGAAUCUGGCUGUAGUCCUUCAUCACCGAUCGGUGACAACGAUGUGGAUGCUCUAUCUGAAAGCAUCAAGAGCUGCAGUCUACGUAAUCGAACUCCGUCAGCUCGGCCGCAGGAGAGGACCUCUCUUCUCCAGGAGAGUCCUGAUGAUCAUGGCGAGGAGGCGGGCGACGGACCCUCGCCUGCAGCGCUGCAGCCUGUUCCGGCGGGUGUAGCAGUCACGAGAGCCGUGGUGCGACUGGAGAGACGCUCGCUGCAAGAGCUGCUCGCAGAGCACACUCCCGUGACGGGAUCCGGCGACGGCGGGAAGCGGACGACGAGCGAUCAACCCACCCCAACCCCUGCUCUGUCAACACCUCACUCCACUACGCGAGCUCCACGCACACCCAUCACUACUACACCAAUACACCACCUCCCCCCUCUCUCCUUCUCCAGCCCUCUACUGACAUACCUCUCUCCAGCUCACAGGAUCUCCCUGAAUCCUCGAGAUAAGGUCCUGGGUCUCUGUGGUCAGACUCAGCCUCUGCCACUCACCGAUUUCUUCACUCAACAAAUGGUGGAGAGUGUUCAUAAACUUGGAGAGGGCACUUUCUCUGAAGUAUUUGGGUGUGUUUCAGACACAGGCACUCAGUUGGCAGUCAAGGUCAUACCAAUUGAAGGUGAUCAGUUGUAUAAUGACGAGAGACAGACCACGUAUGAGGAGGUUCUCACCGAAAUGGUCAUCACAAAGGAGCUGAGUCAGCUAGAGGCUCAAGAGAAUGCCUCACAUUUCACGGAAAACUUUCUCCAGAUACAUCGGGUGACCCUGGCUCAGGGAGAGUAUCCUGUGUUCUUACUGAAGUCAUGGGACUCUUAUGCCAAGACCCACGUUGUGGAGAAUGACAGGCCCGACUCAUUCCCAGCGGAGCAGCUCUAUGUCGUCAUGGCUGUAGAGAACGCUGGCUCUGCUGUGGAAAGCUACCAGUUCUCAUCAGUGGAGGAAGCAGUCAGUGUUGUGGGUCAAGUGGCAGGGGCUCUGGCCGUAGGAGAGACAGUGAGUCCACUACCACCUACUGCCACCACUGUCUCUCUAUCACACACUAACACACACACACACGGUGUUGCCUCAGGCACUAGAGAUGGAGCACCGAGAUCUACACCUGUCCAACAUCCUGGUCAGAAAGACGAAACAAAAGUCAUUCACCUUCAGACUAGACAACCAGGGGUUUUCCCUGCCCUCUCACGGAGUCAAGGCUACUGUGGUGGACUACACUCUCUCCAGAGUGAAGCAAGAUGAGUGUGUGUCUUACCAUGACCUGGAGCAGCUGCCGUGGCUGUUUGAAGGACGAGGAGACCUACAGUUCGACGUCUACCGAGACAUGAGGAAGAUCACUGGGUGUGUGUCUAGGGGUCAGUGGGAGAAGUACCAUCCCUCCACCAACGUCAUGUGGCUGGCCUUCCUCGCCACCAAGCUCUCUGACAGGGCCCUCCAACUGAGGUCCACUGCAAGACGCUCCUGGAGGGCAGCACUCAGACCCAUAGCUCGCAGAAUUUCCACUUACCCUUCAGCACAUGACGCUUUCGUCCACCUUUUUUCAUCCGAUAAUUAAUUGUCUGCAGUGGCAACUGCUUUUGUUGG